UGAAGUUCGACGUCUCCAAGUCUCAUCAUAUAGGUUGUUUAGUAUCCACUCUCAAAGCCUCAACCUCAGUCGUGAAAUCCCAAUCGCAUACCAAUCAUGGCAUCACAAGCCGCGGCAAAAGUCGCUCAAGCUGCUAAUCGUGUUGUUCCUGUUAAUAAGGUAUGAUGUUUAAUCUCCUUCCUCUCCUUCUCCCCCAUAUCCCAUCCUCUCCUGCCCUCAAUCGCCCCAGCUCAUCACGCCAUAUAUAUAUACAUCCUAACCCGCUCACUUACACAGAAAUACACCGUCCAAAGCACCGGCAUCUGGGAAACCAUCCGUCGCGUCUUCGCCGUCGAUCCCACCCGCUCUAACGGUGUCCCCCUCAACCCACAAUUCCGUAAUCCCCCUCCCGGAUCCAACGAACCUUUUUCUUUCAUCGACCCGGUUACGUUCCCGGCGGGCGAUAUUGCUGAAAAUCCUUACUGGAAGAGAGAUUCAAGGAGGAGUUAUCCACAGUUGAGUUUUGUGAAGCAGGGGGAUGUGGUGGGUUUGUUGAGUGUGGGGAGUGAGGCGAGUCCGAGGAAGGAGUUGAUUGGAGAGGAGGGCGGGAAGGAGUUGGUUAGAGUUGCGGAGGUGGGGGAGAGGGGUUUGGCGGCUUUCUUUGAGGGGGGUGAUCGUGAGGGGAAGGCUGCGUUGGAGGUUUUUGGGAAGGGGGGGUUGCCUCCUACGCCUAGUGGGCUUAGUUUGAGGGAGGGCGCGGAUAAAUAUAAUUUGACGGAGGAGAAUGCUUAUCCUGAGCAGUAAGUUGCUUUUUCUUUUUUCGGGGGUUGCAUUCGAUUUGCUUUUCGGCUUUUGGUAAUACAAUAUUUGUACAUGAUAGCUAACUGAACUAGAUAUCCAUGCCGGACUUUCAAGUAAAGGGUCUUCAGUCUUUCGUCUUUAUCUGAAGAACGGUAGGUAGAAGAGAGGCAGGAAAACUUGUACAUACGCUUAUGCAGAAAUGGUGGAAUAGAAGUUGGGGAACUUACAUGGCAUCGUUGCAUGGCACGUUAUUCUCAUUGCAAUACAAUGCUCCGCGUGCUUGGCUCAUGAAAGCAGUCAACCUCAUUAUGGAUGGAUUUGUGAAGAAAUUUCACGGGAGACAUCAAGCUCAUGCUCAAUUAUAGCCGCGGAAAUGAAACACGGCUUAUGAAAGAUUAAGUGUUACAGUUUACAAUUUACGUGGGUACAUACUUGACUCGAGAAUCUGAACGGAGUAGUGC